AUGGCAGACGGUGCGAACGGUGCCGUUGGGUCUCUGGUUGUGGCGUUUAUCGCAAACGAUACCGUGAAUGACGCGAAGGCGCAAGAGGUCGCUGAACAGUUGGCAGAGAUGGUCGGGGCGGAGGCCAAACUGUUGGAUAUUGUGCUUGGGUUGAAGGGGUCGAUCACCUCAGAGGACAGUGGGACUCGGCGUAAGGCUUUGAACUGUCUGUCCUCCGUGUUGGCGUGUUUGGACUCUGAUAAGUUGCCAAGGAACGAAAUCGAGGUCAUGUGCCAGUUCUACAACAGUAAGCUGGACGACGAGUUGCUCGCGCUGGAGACGCUGUCCGGGUUUAGGUCGCUUUGUAGGAUGGUGUGUGUGACUGGGCAGCAGGUCUCCGCUCUCAUGAAGUGGUUGACAGAUGAAUACGUCCCCAGUAGGUAUUUAGCCGCGGUCAGGUUUGUACCCUUCCAAAUCCUAGACGGCAUUUACCACAAUAAAUUCAAAGACGGGCAGAUCGUUAACGGUAAAUUGACGGAACAGUUUGUUCAGGCGUAUAUUAACGUGGCUUCAGGGGAGAAGGACCCGAGAAACUUGUUGUUGUCUUUCCAAUUGAACGAAAGGAUAUCAACGUCGCUCCCAGCGGCCAAUUCCCAUAGACAAGAGUUGUUCGAUAUCCUGUUCUCGUACUUCCCGAUAACUUUCAGACCUCCGAAGAAUGACCCGUACAAGAUCGCCAAUGUGGACUUGAAGUUGGCACUGAGGUCCGCUCUAUCGGCAGCACCCAUGUUUGCUCAGGAUGCCUUUGGAAAUCUCGUCGAUAAAUUGAGUGCAUCUUCGCCGACAGUGAAACAGGAUACUCUGUUGACUCUGAAACGGUGUAUUGAGAAUUUUGGGGGACAAGCUUGUGCGGAUGACUGGUUACCCAUUUGGAAAGCUUUGAAAUUUGAAGUGAUGCAUUCUGUGGAUGAUAACGAUGACUCUCUAGCACUGGCGAAAGUUACCCCCCCAAAUGCACAAAAGGAGGAUGAGUCCACUAUCAACAAUUACCAAACGGCACUGGAUGUCAUUAGAACGCUUUCCAGAGUGUUACAACAGUUCAAUGACAAGGUAUUCGACACCUUUUUCACUCAUGCCCUAGAAGAUUUGAAACCAAACUUUGAUCUGGGCAAGUCAUUGAAGCAAAGUUGUGCGAUAUUUUCUGCUAUUGGGAGCUCAAACAAGGCAACUUUCGAUAAAACUAUUGAGAGUGUCUUGCCCCUAUUCCUGGUGAACACCACAGAGGUCCCAAAAUUGAAACUUCUCUUAAUGAAUCUGUCCUUCUUCUUGGGUUCGUAUAUACAAGUGUUUGGAGAAACGCAGGCUGAUCAACAUGCAGUGGAAGUACCAGAUAAUAAAUUGGCAUCUUACAAAGAUGAGAUACUGAUGAUACUGGGGAUGGCUCUCACUGGUAACUCCAAGAUAGAAGUAACGGUACGGACUUUGUCCGUAAUUCAGUUCACGAAACUGAUCAAGAUGAAGGGGUAUUUGACGGACGAGGAGAUUGCACUGAUUGUUCAGUACUUGACGGAAACCAUCCUCACUGAUAACAACAAGAACAUUUAUUUCGCCUGUUUGGAAGGUUUAAAAGUGAUCAGCGAAUUCUACGAGCAGCUGGUGUACUCUGUAUCAUUGAAGCAGAUGCUAGAUCUUUUGCCCAACAGUUUCAACGGUCUUCCAGAGUUCCACAACGGCGAAUACAUUACAAUAGAAACCAUUUUGAAGAUUAUUUUAGACUUCACCACUUCGAGACAUAUCCUAGUCAAAGAGAGUAUCGUUGCCCUGUGUAGCAAAUUGCUGGAUGUUGUGGUGAGAGACGCAGCGAGAUCUUCAGACUACUGUUUCUUGCUGCUUUCCACACUGCUUUCGUUAUACGACAACAACAUUGUCCUGAUGACACCAGAGACCCUGGUAUCGAUCAAAAAAUUAGUGGAACCAGUGCUCUUCCAAAUCUUGGAGAUGAAAGACGAUAAAAGUGUCAUUGGAGAUGACUACAAUUUCCCGCUAUUCUCGACGCUAUUUUAUUUCAUUAAUUUGAAGGGAGUGGACGACACGCAGUUGCAACGGUAUACCGAUGUGCUCAUCAAAGAGUACAAAAUAUUGGAGAAAUACCCAUGCCGGUACAUCAUGCCCUAUGUAAAAAUUUUAUCCGCAUUGGAUAAAACAUGCGUAUUUGAACAAUCAGGGGAAGUGUUCCACAGAACAGUUGAGCUACUAAGAGCUGAUGGUAAUAUCCCUCAAGUGGAAAAGGUAGGGUAUUUGGAAUUUUUGAUGGUCUUGACUAAUAAAUGGUUGUCAGAUGAUGAGAUUGAAAGGGAAAUGGACUUGGAACUGCAUAGCGAUAUAAAUUUGAAGAUUUUGACCUGGGUGGGUAAAGGUCUAGUGAUGAGGAGCUCGAAGUUAGGGCCCAAAAUUUUGAAACAGUUCAUCGAGCUUUUGAGCGACAAACAGUCCGGUGCUUUGGUCUCCAAACUGUUUGAAGUCUUUGUAAUUGACAUCAACACGAUGAAAAGAUACAAAGGUUGCGGUACAGCUAAUAAUGUCAAGGCACUGUACAAACAAAAGUUUUUUAGUGACAUAUUCAAAACGCUUGUGGCGCUAUACAGGAGUAAUGCAGAUAUGGAUAUCAAGUGUAAUUGUUUAACGGCACUGUCUAUGGUAUUGAAACACACGCCAAGCCAGCUAAUUGAGCCCUUCAUGAACGACUUACUCCCCAUGCUACUUCAGGCGCUGGAGAUGCCGAACUCGGAAGUGAGGGUCUCGUCGUUAGAAACAUUGUCGGACGUGACUGAAAAGUUUCACCAACUCAUCACGGAACACACGAGUACGUUGAUCCCAUUGUUACUGAAAUUGGUCGUGCCAGGUACACACAACAACGCUGCUGUGCGCCUAAUGUCGCUGAAACUGCUCGAGGUUAUUGCCGCCGUGGUUCCACUAAACUAUUGUCUGGAGUUCAAAGAGCAAGUGAUAGUUGGGUUAUUGAAACCUCUAUCGGAUAAGAAAAGAAUCAUUCGUAAACAGUCCAUCGAUACUAGACAAGUUUACUUCGAGUUAGGGCAAGUCCCCUUUGAAUGA